GCUAACAGCCUGUUGCACGCUUAUUUCCUUCAGAGAUACAGUGUAAGACUGGUGUAUUCUCGGCAAGAGGAAAUAUAACUUUUUCUCAAGCUGUACUUUUUCCUUUUCAGUUUAAUAUAUUUAAAAAUACAGUGCACAAUGGGAAGAAAGUCGACCUAACUCGUACAGAAAAUUAUGUCAAUACGUCCUUCUUCCACCCGUAAAGGAGUUUUUUGAUCACGUGUUGUUGGUGGAUCGUUUGAAGAAACCAGAGGUUCAGCCAGAAGUUAAGUCACCAGGUACACACACCUGAAUGAGUCGGGAAAAAUGAAGGAAUCAUAUGAUCUCUCAACUCCUCCAGCAGACAAUAAGAAUGGAGAGGGGAAGGAAAAACAAAAGGCAGAGACUGUCAAAUACUCUGUGCUGUAUCGAUUCGCCAUCUGGCAAGACAUUGUCAUGAUGGUGGUCGGUGGUUUCUGUGCCAUGGUACACGGCGUGACUUCACCUGCCAUGAUUUUGGUGUUUGGCACGAUGACAGACACUUUUGUUGCUCACGAGAUUGAGAUGCAAGAACUGAAAGACCCAAACAAGACUUGUCAGAACGAUAUAAUCUACUGGACUAAUGGCUCCAUAUUUGAAUUAGCAGAAAACACUACAGUCGUCUGCGGGACAGACAUUGAGGCAACGUUGACCCAGUUUGCAUGUGCCUAUGCUGGAAUUGGAGCCAUAGUUAUGUUGGCUGGCUAUUGUCAGAUCUUCUUCUGGGUGUCAGCGGCUGCAAGACAAACUCUGCAAAUCCGGAAAACUUAUUUCCGGAAAAUAAUGCAAAUGGAGAUUGGAUGGUUCGACUGCGUCUCUGUGGGUGAAUUGAACGCGAGGAUGUCUGAUGACAUCAACAAGAUUAACGCCGGCAUUGCAGAUCAGGUGUCAGUGUUUAUUCAGAGGAUCUCUACGUGCGUGUCUGGCUUCAUGGUUGGAUUCUUCAGCGGGUGGAAGCUGACUUUGGUGGUCAUGUCAGUGAGCCCUCUGCUUUGUUUAGCUGCUGGACUGAUGGCAAAGGUUGUUGCAGGCCUGGCAGGACGGGAGCUCAAAUCCUACGCAAGUGCAGGAACAGUGGCUGAUGAGGUCUUAUCGUCCAUCAGAACGGUAGCUGCAUUUGGUGGGGAGGAAAAGGAAGCCGAAAGGUAUGACAGGAACCUUGAGGAAGCAGAGACUUGGGGAAUAAAAAGAGGCGCAGUUGGUGGUGGGUUUCAGGGAUUCUUGUGGUGCAUCAUUUUCCUCUGUUACUCCAUGGCCUUUUAUUACGGGUCGACGCUGGUCCUCAACACAAAGGAGCUGUCUCCUGGUGGUCUUAUUCAGGUUUUCUUUGGAGUGCUUCUUGGAGCUAUAAACCUUGGUCAAGCCUCUACCUGCCUGGAGUCCUUUGCUUCUGGCCGUGCCGCGGCAAAGAACGUCUUUGAUACAAUCGACCGUGAACCAGAAAUUGAUUGUUUCUCAGAAGAAGGCUACAAAUUAGACAAAGUAAAAGGUGACAUUGAGUUCCAUAAUGUUUCUUUCUACUACCCAUCCCGGCCUGAAGUCAAGGCUCUAGAUAAUCUGAGUAUGCAAAUCAAAUCUGGUGAGACCACUGCUUUCGUGGGACCAAGCGGAUCUGGAAAGAGCACCACAACCCAGCUCAUUCAAAGGUUUUAUGACCCACAGGAAGGAAUGGUGACCUUGGAUGGUCAUGACAUCCGCACGUUAAACAUCCAGUGGCUCCGCUCUCUCAUUGGCGUUGUGGAGCAGGAGCCAGUGCUGUUUUCCACAACCAUCGCAGAGAACAUCAAGUAUGGCCGACCUGGAGUAACCAUGCCAGAAAUUAUCCAGGCAACAAAAGAGGCUAACGCUUAUAAUUUUAUUAUGGCUCUGCCACAGAAAUUUGAUACUCUGGUGGGCGAUAGUGGAAGCCACAUGAGUGGAGGGCAGAAACAGAGGAUCGCUAUUGCGCGAGCUCUCAUUCGAAACCCAAAGAUCCUGCUGCUGGAUAUGGCCACAUCUGCUUUGGACAAUGAGAGUGAAGCUAUAGUCCAGGAAGCACUUGAUAAUGUACGCACCGGCAGGACAACAAUUUCCGUAGCCCACCGUCUGUCCACCGUUAAAACUGCGGAUGUGAUCAUUGGAUUUGAACAUGGGCAGGCUGUGGAAAGAGGAACACAUAGUGAGCUACUAAAAAAGGAAGGCGUCUACUUCACUCUGGCCACUCUGCAGAGCCAAGCCCCAUCCAACACACCUACUGAUAUGAUCAGUGAAGCGCUUGAAGAGUUUGACCGAAAAGUUAGAAGUUUCAGUCGAGGAAGUCACGGAAGCGGCAAAUUGAGUAGAAGGAAUUCUACUCGGCUUCGAUCUCAGAGCCAAAUGUCAGCUGAUCUUGUGCUGGAUGCGGUAUCGAGCGGCUUCCACAUGAACGGAAACAAUAUGCAUUUUGAGACUGAUGAAGAGGAUGCAGGCAACCAUAAAAACCAUUCGCCAUUUUUACAUGCACUGAAGUACAACAAGCCAGAGUGGCCAUACUUGCUGCUGGGCUCAAUGGGAGCUGUUAUUAAUGGCCUAAUCACCCCCAUGUACACUAUCCUGAUCACCGAGAUUUUGGGGGCUUUUUCCAUUCCUGACUUGGAUGAGCAGAGAGCGCAGAUUAACAGGAUAUGUCUUCUGUUUUGCGUCUUGGCCUUUAUUAGUCUCGUUUCACAGUUUGUGCAGGGAUACGCUUUUGCUAAGUCUGGAGAGGUGCUUACCCGCCGGCUAAGGAAACUGGGCUUCCAGGCCAUGUUGAAACAAGAGAUUGGCUGGUUUGAUGACCCUAAUAACAGUCCUGGAACUCUGACCACCAGACUGGCCACAGAUGCAUCCAUGAUCCGGGAUGCAACAGGAUCACAGAUUGGAACAAUCAUUAACUCAAUCACCAACAUAGUGACCUCUUUCAUCAUUGCCUUCGUAUUCAGUUGGAAGUUAGCAUUUGUAAUUGUGUGCUUCAUGCCAUUGCUUGGAAUGGCUGGGCUGUUUCAAAGCAAAAAGCUGACGGGUUUUGCAAAUCAAGAUAAAAAGGCCAUGGAAGACGCGGGCCAGGUGUCGAGUGAGGCUUUUACCAACAUCAGGACGAUUGCGGGCUUGGCCAAAGAGAGCGUAUUUGUGGAAUCAUAUGAGCAGAAACUCCAGGCUCCGUAUGAAUCAUCCAGGAAGAAAGCCAACAUCUAUGGGAUAUGUUUUGGUUUUUCCCAGUGUGUCAUCUUUUUGGCAUACGCUGCCUCAUAUAGAUUUGCAGGCCACCUGAUCAGUUUGCAGGAGAUACAUUACAUGAUGGCUAUUAGAGUGAUCAUGGUUAUAGUUAUGAGUGGGCAGGCCAUGGGUCGGGCUUCGUCCUACACUCCAGAUUACGUCAAAGCCAAAAUGGCUGCUUCUCAUUUUUUUGAACUGCUGGACAGAGUGCCUAAAAUCAGCCUAAGCCACGCUGUUGGUGAGAAGUGGGAGAACUUCAAAGGGAAAGUAGAGUUCCUUAAUUGCAAGUUUACCUAUCCGACACGGCCAGACACCCAAGUACUGAAUGGUCUGGCUGUGUGUGUGAAUCCUGGUCAGACACUGGCAUUUGUUGGCAGCAGUGGCUGUGGGAAAAGCACCAGUGUUCAACUGCUGGAAAGGUUUUAUGACCCUGAUGAGGGACAAGUGAUGAUUGAUGGCCACCCAUCUGAUUCAGUCAAUGUGCCCUUCCUGAGAUCUCAGAUCGGCAUUGUGUCCCAGGAGCCAGUGCUGUUUGACUGCAGCAUAGCAGAAAACAUACAAUACGGCGAUAACACACGCUACAUCAGCAUGGAAGAGGUUGUUGAGGCGGCGAAGAAAGCCCAUCUUCAUGAAUUUGUGAUGAUGCUUCCAGAGAAAUACGAGACCCAGGUUGGUGCCCAGGGCUCCCAGCUGUCCAGAGGAGAGAAGCAACGCAUUGCUAUUGCGCGGGCCAUUGUCAGGAACCCCAAGAUUCUGCUAUUAGAUGAGGCUACAUCUGCCCUGGACACUGAGAGUGAAAAGAUUGUCCAGUCCGCUCUGGAUGAGGCACGAAAAGGGCGAACUUGCAUUGUCAUCGCUCACCGGCUGUCGACCAUCCAGUCUGCUGAUAUCAUAGCAGUGAUGUUUAAUGGAGCUAUCAUAGAACAAGGCACACAUGAUGAACUCAUGCAUAAGAAGGGCGCCUACUACAAACUGGUCACAACGGGGGCUCCUAUUAGCUAGACUGCCUGUGUUAGUACAGUAUUAUACAGUAUAUUUGAAUGAAUGAAUGAAUGUAACAUCAUUUUGUGAUAUCAUUGACCAAGCCUGUAAAGAAUCAGAUUUAAUAAUGAAAUGAUUUACUAUUGAAUAUACAAAACUAUGUGUAUUUAUUUGUCUACAAUGCAGUUGCUUUUGUAAAUGAUGUGACCAUGCUUGUACUGUUGGACUGUAAUUGACUUAUAAUUUUGUUCAAAAAUAUCAAUCAAUUUUAGAUAUAAUUCAGCAAAGGGUUUAUUUUUCUAAUCGUGUAAACCUUUUGAGCAAGAAACUAAUGCUGUGCUAGCAACAUUCAAAGCCAGAUGGCACAUAUAGUUUGACAAUAGACCCCUUCAUGGCCACGUCACUGUGACGUCACGGUGUUAGCUGGAGGCAGUACAGAGGGAACCUUAAGGCAACACUAUCACUUUCACUUUCAAAAUGCCGUCUUGCUGUAUUUUUUGCUGCUUAAACCGAAAAAUCAAAAACACUAGCUUGAAGUUUUAUCACAUACCAGCCACUGCCAGUCGCAGACAACUUUGGUUUGACUUUGGCUUUAAUUAAAAGAAAGGACUGGAGUGAGGCAAUCAACAACAGGCAAACUUCCUAUCAGGUCAGAUUAAUAUGUAAUGCAUCCGUUUCAGCCUGGAAAGCAUUAUGGGUUAGACUAAAUCGUGACUGAAAUUGCGUUAAGUUAAUUAUUUUUUUGGGGGAUUGUUGUUACACAUUAAUGCUAAUGCUUACCGCGAGCUAACGCAACGUUAGCUGCAUGUUUCAGCCGUGUCCGUAGAAGUUGCAUUUACUACGUUACCCUCCACAGUGGUUCCACUUACUUCUUGUAAUAUCUUUAUUUGGGAGGCUUCACUUGAUGAAGACAGCCCAGACGUGGUCCCCUCUGUGCCCUCAUUUGAUCAAAUUAUCCAUCCAGUGAGUGAGAGUGUAGGAGUUGGCGAAUGUAGUCGCAUCAGUCAACUUUUUAAAAUACCACUCACGGUCUCGGAGAGACUUAAAUAUGCGUUUUCGUUGUCCAUUCUUGCCAAAAUAGUCUCUUGAAAUAUGCAAUUUACAGCUAUAGUGUUUGAUGUUUUGCUUCCAGUUAAGCCCCGCCCCUCAACACACGUCACAUUGUUUACAAACCGUGAAGGGGUCUAUACUGUACACCUCUUAAGUCCACAAAUCAACAUCAUGAUUUUUCUCGAACAAAUGAUUCACCAUGUGUACUGCUGGCUGCAAUUCCCAAGUUAAACAUCGAAUGUGCACUGCUGUUGUGCUUGUCAUAAAUUGUAAAGAGCG